AUGGCCCGUACCCAAAAGAACAAGGCUACAUCAUACCAUUUAGGAACUUUAAAAGCUAAAUUGGCAAAAUUACGUAAAGAAUUAAUAACUCCCAUUGGAUUCGACGUUGCAAAAACUGGUGUUGCUCGUAUCGGUUUUGUCGGUUUUCCAUCUGUAGGCAAGUCGACACUGAUGUCAAAGUUGACCGGCACUUUUUCGGCUGUUGCGGCGUAUGAAUUCACUACUUUGACUACAGUGCCAGGUGUGCUUCAAUAUAAAGGUGCUAAGAUUCAAAUUCUCGAUCUACCCGGUAUCGUUGAAGGUGCAAAGGAUGGUAGAGGUCGUGGUAGACAAGUAAUUGCGGUAGCCCGUACUUGCUCUCUCAUCUUCCUAGUACUCGACGUUUUGAAACCUCUUACUCAUAAAAAAAUUAUUGAAACUGAAUUGGAGGGGUUUGGCAUCAGGUUAAAUAAGAAACCUCCAAAUAUUUAUUUUAAAAAAAAGGAAAAGGGAGGUAUCAACAUGACGAACACGGUUCCAUUAACCCAUUUAGAUUUGGAUCAGGUUAAAGCAGUGUUAAGUGAAUAUAAAAUUCACAAUGCAGAUGUAAACUUUAAAUGUGACGCUACCGUCGAUGAUUUGAUCGAUGUUAUCGAGGGUCGUAUUUACAUACCCGCAAUAUAUGUCCUCAACAAGAUUGAUCAAAUAAGUAUAGAAGAAUUAGAUUUAGUAUAUAAAAUUCCGCAUGCGGUUCCUAUUUCGGCUCAUCAUGAAUGGAACUUUGAUGAACUAUUGGAAAAGAUGUGGGAAUAUCUUAACCUUAUCAGAAUUUACACAAAACCGAAGGGUCAACUACCUGACUAUAGUGCACCAGUUGUUUUGCGAUCAAGCCUUUGUAAUGUUGAAGAUUUUUGUAACAGUAUUCAUAGGGGAAUUGUUAAACAAUUCAAAUAUGCUUUGGUGUGGGGUAAUUCUGCUAAACAUCAACCCCAGAAAGUUGGAUUGUCUCACGUACUUGCUGAUGAAGAUGUUGUUCAAUUAGUUAAACAAUGA